AUGGAUACCCUGGUGCACCUUUACUUUAACCAAUCGGAGCUGAAUGAGGAGGUGAAAACGCUGAUCCUGAGUUGGGUGAGCUUCUUCAAGAACAACUGGAACAGCCUGUUUAACGUAGACAAGGAAGUUGUCCUUAAUCUCGAGUUCUUCCUGGACAACAAAAAGCUGAUGAGCAGAAAUCCCCCUCCGAAUAAUGAAGUGUACUUACAUGAACUGAAGAAGAACCCAGAAAUCGUUUUGAAGUUUAUGAAAUUGGCUUUGCACUUAUUGUUGUGUAAGAUACUGCAAAUAGAGGAGAUGCUUCAGGCGGGCGCUUCUCUGGAGAGAAGUAAGCCCUCCAUGGUCGAGCCCGUGGAGAAGGGCGAUCUGUGCACCACUAGGGGAGACAAGGCCUGUAACAUGAAGAGGGACGAACCCAUAGAUGGCAUCAGUAAAAAUCUUAAAUGUGGCGAUCAGGUCGGAAAGGGCGGUUAUUCUAAAAGGCAUGGAAAUGUCGGUAUCCUCUCCGCUGCUUCAUCUAUGCGAAGCUCCUUCAUCAGCCGAGACGAAAUCAGCGAAUUCGAAAAUGACGACCCGCUAAUCCGCGAACUGAAAUGUGAUCGCUACAAGGACUCAGAGUUCUUCAAGGCCUAUUUCCUAACCAACAGAAUUACCAUCUACAUAUACAACUGGAAUAAGCUGAAUAAAUUUGAGGAUCUGAAAAGUGAAAAGGUUAAUCAACUCAUAAGUCUACGAGGAAGCAUCUUAAGAGUUUCCCCCAUACAACUACUAAUCACGAGACUUUACUUUAUGUGUGAAAAAUGCAAAGGCAUCAUCCAAAUAGAAUUCACAGAUGGUAAAUAUGAUACCCCUAAAUCAUGUCCAAAGGAAAAUUGUGAAGGUUCCUACUUCCAGCCAAUAAGGGAAUCAGCAAAAUCGGUAGAAUAUCAAAAAAUUAUCUUAAAGGAAAAUAGAAAAAUGUUAAAUAGUAUGAAUGAAAUGGGAGAUUCCAAUGUAAAAAAUUUAACGGUCACUUUGGAAGUUUCUAAGUUUUUCAUUAACUCUUGUGUGCCAGGAAAUUAUGUAGAAGUCGUAGGAAUUCUCAAGGUCAUCUCAUACAACAACAGCUAUUUUAUUAAUGGAAAAAACUCUAUUUAUAAUAUGUAUCUAGAUUGCCUUUCUAUUUUCCCCUUGUCAUCGAGGAAAUACCUCGAAAACAGCUCCUUCAAUUUUGAGAAAAUCAAAGAUACAAAGAACAAGCUUUACAAUUCCUUCCUUUGGGAAUCCUACGUUGAUAAAAUUGAGAAAAAGAUGCUCCUCUAUGGUUGGGAUUCGAAAUAUGCAAAUGCUGAUAAUAUGAACGAGGAAAAGGAGGGGAAUUCCAUGGGUAGAAGCCAAUCGACCCAUAUUCAGAGGAAACCCACGUGUAGACAGAAGCCAUCCUCCAUUGGAAAUAUCCCAGAUGGAACUCACCUGAGAACUCUAAUCCACACUGGAAAAAAUGCAACCCCCACUUUUACUCAGGGUUAUAGACCAAUAGGGGGUGGUAAUUAUGAUGCCACUAGCGAAAUAGAUAUUAAGGCGAAAACAAAUAUCUCCUUUGACGGAAGUACAGUGAAUAACUCCAUGGAAAUGAAUACCUACGAAGCUUUAAUUUGUGAAGGUAUUGGAGAAAUGCUAAGCGAAGAUAUAACUACCACUUCGGGGGAUAGCCAAAAAGAUAUAUCAGGACAUCGUGAGUCAUUGGAAAAGACAUUAACGUUCCAUGGGGUGGAAAGAAAAAUUGGGACAGAGCCCCCUUCAGGAGGUGGAAGUAACAGAGAUACCUCCUCAAUGUUGCGGAACCUCCACUUGGAUGAUGACGAACUGUACAUGUACGGGGAUUAUAUCGAUGAGGAAACCUUGGGGAUCCAACGGAAAAGGAAAAGCGGCCAAGGGGAUUACGGCGUGGAGGGGGAGAUGGACGAACUUGGCUGGCCAACCAACCCCAGAGGAAUGAACCAGGUGUGCCAAGGAAUCCAACCGGGGGAGUCAACCCAAUCAGGAAAACCAACGAACCCUACCGACCAGAACAAUAGGAAGGGUGACCAUCACGUGAACAGGACGAAGCAAUUCGACGAGAAUGUCCUGGAAUUUAUUAAAGACAUGCACAAAUACGGAAGGAACAAGUUCUACCUCCUCGUAGCUUCCCUCUGUCCUCGUAUCAUAAUGAGCAGUUAUAUAAAGGCAGGCAUUCUGCUCAGUCUGCUCGGUGGAAAAACAAUAUAUGAUGAACACAAACAAAUAAAAAGAAGAGGAAGCAUACAUAACCUAUUGAUAGGAGAUCCAGGUUUAGGAAAAAGUCGAAUUCUUCAAUACGUAAGUAACAUUAUUGAAAAUAGCUUAUUCAUUUGCAGUACAUCCACAAGUAUUAACGGAUUAACUGCAUGUGCAUUUAAGGAUCCCACAAACAAUGAAUACUCCCUGGAAGGAGGUGCACUAGUUCUAUCAGAUAAAGGAAUAUGCUGUAUAGAUGAGUUAGACAAAAUUUCGCUAACUGAUCAGCAAUCAUUCCUUGAGUGCAUGGAAAGCCAGUGUAUUAACAUAAGUAAAGCUGGUAUCGUAUGCAACCUCAAGACAAGGUGUUCCAUCAUUGCAGCAUCCAACCCGAAGGAAGGCAAAUACAACUACAACAAAACCGUUUUCGAAAAUAUUAAAAUUCCUUUCCCCUUGUUAAGUCGCUUCGAUCUAGUCUUCCUAUUAACUGAUAAAAUGUCGGAGGAGAAAGAUUACCAGAUUUCUAAUUACCUUAUUAAUUCCACCUAUGAUGCGCAGGGGGAGAAGAAAAAAAAAAAAAGAAGAAAGGAAACAGAAGGAAACCCGUGGGGGGUACAGGAAAAAGGUGUUCACGAAAGAGGUGUACACGAAGAAGGUGUUCACGAAAGAGGUGUACAGGAAGAAGGUGCUCACAAUGAGGAUCAGUUGGGUGAUCAUAACAGUGAUGGAAGUGAUAACAUCAAUUGCAACGAUGAAGAUAUAUUUUCCAUAAAAAAUGACCUACUGAACAAGUGUAGACAAAUCAAUGAACGCAGUUACCUACCGGUGGAGCUCCUAGGAGUGUUCAUAAAAUAUUGCAGGAAAUGUAUUUUCCCCACACUAUCUGAUCAAGCUAAAAAAUACAUAAGAAAGUUCUACCUGCAUCUACGAAGUCUCUCUGCUACACAGAAUCAUAUAAGCUCUCCCAUCACCAUAAGGCAACUGGAAUCUUUAAUUCGUUUGUGCCAAGCCAGGGCAAGAGGAGAUCUUUCCAACGUCGUAACACUGUACCAUGCGAAGGAGGUGGUGGAAAUUUACCAGAAAACGAUUUUCUAUCCAUCCUACGUGAAAACUCUCAAUUUUAAAGAAAAACCGAUCGGCAAGAAGAAGAAGGGGAAGUCGGUCGCUUCUAUUUCGAACGUAUUCAAGGAGGGCAUCAUACAGCUGGUGAAGAAUGGAGAAAAUAAAAUUUUCAACAAGGAUCUGCGUAACCUAGCCAAGUCAGUCAUCCUCUCAGCGGAGUCGUACAUCUCGGACGAAGCAAUAAUUCAUUACUUGAACAACGAGGGUUUUAUCUUGUACAAGGGUGGCUACUGGCAGGUGGACCCAUUUUACCUGCAGUAG